GGUUGGGGGGCUGAGCCAGGCUGCAGGAACUGGAGCAGAGGUUCCUGGGUACAGCUGGGGCAUGGCAUGAAGAGUCCUUCUGUGCAGCCUCUGGCCAGUAUUCCUGGGCUGUGGACUAAAGCCUUCCCUAUGUCACACUAAGCCAGUGUACGCCUCAGGACCGUGGCAUCUCUGUACAGCACCUAGCAACUACCUGGAGCCCAGUCACAAUGCUGAAUGUCUGUGUAUUGUACUGCCACACAGAAAGGGUCAUUUCCCCAUGCAGCCUUCGCUUUGUUGCAGACGCAGUCGGGGCCAAUCAGAAUGUCCAUAUUGGAGGAUGAGAUAGGAGAGGAGAAGUGGAGCAUGGUGCAGAUUGUGAUUUCCAGGGAUGGGGCUGAUGGCUUGGCGGAGUGGGUGCUGAUGGAGCUGCAGGGAGAGAUUGAGGCUCGCUGCAGCACCGGACUGGCUGGGAACCUUCUGGGAGACUUGCAUUACACCCGCGAGGGGGUCCCUGUGCUCAUUGUGGGGCAUCACAUUCUGUAUGGGAAGGUAGUGCACCUGGAGAAGCCCUUCGCCGUCCUCACCAAGCGCGGUGCCCGUGACCACGGCUCCCCGGGGGCAGCUGCCCAGUAUCUGGUGACCGCGCUGAUCAAGACCAAGCUCCUCUUCAAAACUCGCCCCAAACCCAUCAUCACCAGCGUGCCCAAGAAAGUAUGAAAGAACCCCGGCUGCACAGCAGAGAGCGUCCCGCCCCCUGGACACGAGCCCAGCUCCAGUCCCGAGGACGGGGGGCUGGACCCAUAGGGGCAAACUCAGCUCCCUUGCCAAGAGCAGCUGGGCCCCCGGGCAUGAACUCAAUGCCCUUCCCGAGAGCAUCUGGACUCCUGGGCAUGAGCCCAGUGCCCAUCCUGAGAGGGGUGGGACUCCCGAACAUGAGCCAGGCUCCCCUCCCGAGGCCUGGUGGCAUCUUGGGUAUAACUCCAGCCCCUGUGCCAGGGGGGGCCGCGUCCUUGGGCCAUAGCAUGAGGGGGAGCGGAGCACAAGAGAGAGACAGUGCUGGCUCCCAUCCCUAGGGCAGGGGGUCUCCUUGGGCCACGCCCAGACCCAUUCUCAGGAGUGCUUAGACCCCAAGACACAAGUCCCGCUGCCUUCCCCAGGGCAGGGGGCCUGCUGGGCAGUAGCCCAGCUCCCAUCCCCAGGAGCACUGGGGGCCUGGGCCCAAGCCCAGCUACACGCCCCAGGGCAGGGGGCCUGCUGGGCACGAGCCCAGCUACACUGCCACGAGCUGGUGGCCUCCUGGGUCCUGUCCCAAUGGCCACCAGAGCCCUGGGCCCCAGCCUGCCUCCCAUCCCUAAUGUAGGUGGCCUCCUGGGCCCCAGACCGCUUCCCCCCUCAAUGGCGACGGGAGCCCUGGGCCCCAGGCCGGCUCCUGGUCCGGUGGGGACUGGAGCCCUGGGCCCCAGGCCGGCUCCUGGUCCGGUGUGACUGGAACCCUGGGCCCCAGGCCAGCUCCUGGUCCCGGUCCCAUGGUGACUGGAACCCUGGGCCCCAGGCCAGCUCCUGGUCCCGGUCCCAUGGUGACUGGAACCCUGGGCCCCAGGCCAGCUCCUGGUCCCGGUCCCAUGGUGACUGGAACCCUGGGCCCCAGGCCAGCUCCUGGUCCCGGUCCCAUGGUGACUGGAACCCUGGGCCCCAGGCCAGCUCCUGGUCCCGGUCCCAUGGUGACUGGAACCCUGGGCCCCAGGCCAGCUCCUGGUCCCGGUCCCAUGGUGACUGGAACCCUGGGCCCCAGGCCAGCUCCUGGUCCUGGUCCCAUGGUGACCAGAGCCUUGGGCCCCAGACCGGCAACGACUGGAGUCCUGGGCCUCAGACCGGCUCCCACCUCAGUGGCGACCGCCGUCCUGGGCUCCAGACUGGCUCCCAUCACAAGGGCAAGUGGCCUCCUGGGCCCAAGCCCAGCUCCUGUCUCCUCCUUGCCAAGGUCAGCGGGCUCCUUGGCCACGAGACCAGCUGACCCCCUAGCUAGGAAUCCCUUCGCCUUCCCAAGGGAAGCGGGACCCUCGAGUGCAGCCCCGGGCGCUGGGCUUGGCUCCCCCGUGGCCAUGAACCUGGCUCCCAGCCCAAGGGCCAGUGGCCUCCUAGGCAUGAGCCCAGCUCCCGUUCCCAGAACAGUGGGCUCCCUGCACCCUAGUUCUGCUGGGUCCCUGGCCAUGAACACAGCUCCCCUCCCCCGAGGGCCAGUCCUGCUGGACACUAGACCCACUGGCCCCUUGGCUCACGCUCCCUUCCUCAAGGCUGGUCCCCAGAGCAUGAACUUGACGUCCUUCCCCAGGGGGAGUGAGCCCCAGAGCAGGAACCCAGCCCCCUUCUCCAAGGUUGCUGGCCCUCUUGGGCCCUACCAGGCUCCCGUGCUGAGGGCAGCCAGCCCCCUGGCUGUGAACCCGGCUGUGCUCUUCGCCAAUGGGACCCUGCCCUCUCCAGUGACCAGCACAGCCAGGCUGCGGUGGUCCUGAUUCUCACCGGGCCUGCCCUGGCCCUGUCUCAGCCUUUCCUGAGGCCCGACUGUGAGCACGCCUGGAGGCAGCAGCCCCUCGGCUCCCAGCUGGUUUUGUGACUCUCCUCGGGGGGCGCAGCAGCCCCGGCCCUGCCUCUUGCCCCCACAGCCGGGAGCCCCCAUCCUCCACCCGGCAGUCGUGCCCAGGCCUGGCACAGUGGCCAAGGUUAGUGCUUGGUGUGCUGUCCCACUGCCCGUCUCCUGUGGCAGCCCGGCCUCGGCCAGCAGGGACAGGCCACGCCAGCCCGACCCCUCUCGCUGCAGCAGGGGGCGGGGAGGGGAGGAAGCAGCACUGCAGGGCUGGUGGCAGGAGCAUAGGCUGAGGGGGCCUGCUUCUCAGUGACAUGGCCCUGGGGUUCCCCAGAGAGGCCCCACACAGAGAGAGGACUGUGUGCAAAUCUCUUUAUUGUGACAAAUCCAUUGGAAUUAUAAAACCAGCCCUUUUAAAAACAAUGAAAAACGCAGGUAAAAAAUAAAUAGAUUUACAAACAA